ACAUGUGAGGGAAUUUCCUCACGCCUUACAGUCAGUUCCUGAAUCCAGACCAGCACGCCUUUAAGGCUGAUUGCAGAACUUGUUUUUCUGGGCCUUUCUCUGUGGUUUUGGAAAGUUUGAGAAGCUUCGGGCCGACACGAUCUGUUCAAAAGCAGCUGGGCUCCGAGCAGCUCCACAAACUUCACCAAAGCCAGCAGAAACCGUGCAGACUGGGUCUCACAACCAGUGUGUAUCCGCAGUCCUUCACUUUAGACUCAAACAAUACGUUUGAGUAGUAAACACUGACAGAAGGCGUGUUGUUUAGUGUUGCUGAUGUAGGUUAAACUCUGAUACAGUCUGCUUCGAUUGAUUGAUACUGCUUAUGCGUUGUUGUAAAAUCUUCUUCCUGGUUACGCAAGACUUGCUCAUCGCUUUGGGCUUUAUUGUCUCAUAAUGAGCGCGUCUUACGUAAUGCUGUCUCUUUACCGCCGUACGACUGCAAUGCGUAUGAGCAGUCGAAUAGCUGAAUGCCCGUGAUGGACUCUCGGCUCCAAACUGGCAGAACUGGUCAGUCACGCUCGGUUUGUGGGUUUGUCCCUAAUCUCCGUCGAGACGCCGCCCGUCCUGACCCUACGAGACGCCCGCUUUAUCUGACGAUCACAGACCUCAUAAACACCGUGAGCUGGAUUUGUGCUGGACUGUAAACAGCGUUUCCUUCCACUAAGAAGUCUGCUGCUGUCUGCUUAAACAAGGGCAUGAAAUCAUGGACCUGGGUCAACAUAACCUUUAUGCAACGCAACUUUAUAAUGGAUUGUAUUAGUAUAGCCUUAUUAAAACUCGGCCUGGAUGUUUGUUAUGCCGUGGUGCGCUAAUUCAUAAUUAAUAAUAGUAAUCAAACACACACAGCCAUAAAUUGUCUGCGAAAUGAUAAAAUGAAUAAUUCAAAAUGAAAACAAAAAGUGUAUUUGUAUAUUUGGGCUGGUGUUCAUAUAGUUCUACAUUAAUUUAAUGACUUCUUUUAAUUAUUAAAGGACAUAUAAAAAGUUUAACUGGAUUGACUUCUUGUAUAGAAUAUGAUUAUCAUUUUCCUGUAUUCAUAAUUUCAAUAACAAAUAAAUUUCUAUAAUAAAUCAAUGUAAUAUAUUUUUAGAAUGAACAACUAUUUAAAUCCACUAUAAGCUAAAAGUCGUAUAUUUUUAUUUGAAAACAGGUCUGAAUGCUUUGUUGAAUGAAGGCAGUUCCCGCUGAAUAAAUGAAUCUAUGUACACUUGUUUCCUGACGGUGAUAAUGACCCCCACACAGAACAAGUGACUCGCAACUGAAGAAUCGAUUCGAGUUCGAUCGAUUCACUAAAGAGUCGCGCGGUUUAGGGAUGAUGUCAUGUUUAAAGCUCCGCGCGGCGGUGGGAGGAGCUUCAGAGCGAGUUGAGCUUUUCUAAACAAGUUUGGGAAGUUCAGAGAGAGAGAGAGAGAGAGAGAGAGAGAGAGAGAGAGAGAGAGAGAGAGAGAGACUCCGAGUGAAGAGGCGCUCGGAGGCGAGAGCUCCGUCUGAGAAUGCACUGGGAGCAGCUGCUGCGCGCGACGAACGGGAAGAAGAUCGAGAGGCUGGAGGGCGGCCUGGCGGCGGCGUGCGGGGCUGAUGGGUCACUGCUGGGCUCGGAGGACGCCGGUCUCGACCCCCAGCGCACGCGGCAGGCCAUCGCUCAGCUGCAGCAGAAGAUCCUGAAGCUCACGGAGCAGCUGCGCAUCGAGCAGGCGGCCCGCGACGAGAACGUGGCCGAAUACCUCAAGCUAGCCAGCAAUGCCAGCGACAAACAGCAGAGCUCCCGCAUCAAACAGGUGUUUGAGAAGAAGAACCAGAAGUCUGCUGCCAGCAUCGCCCAGCUGCAGCGUAAGCUGGAGCACUACCACCGGCGCCUGCGCGAGGCGGAGCACAGCGGCGUGCAGCGGCAGCCCAAAGACGUGCUGCGCGACAUGCAGCAGGGCCUGAGGGACGUGGGGGCCCGGGUCAUCACAGGCCUCAGCGAGGGGGUGGUGGACAGCCUGCACUCGGCCGCUGGGGCCGUGGCCUCCAAACCACGGGAGAUCGCCUCGCUCAUCCGCCACCGCUUCGGCAGCGCAGACAACAUCAGCGUGCUGAGAGACGGCCCCGAGGAGCCCGAGGACGGAGCCGCCGCUCACCUGCAGUCCAGCCCCAAGUUCGGCAGCGACGAGGACUGCUCCAGUGCCACCUCGGGAUCCAACAGCGUGACGGGGGCACCCGGGGGCCCGCCCAGCUCCAGAGGGAACACCCUGGAGCGGGGACGCAGCGGCAGCCUGGAUAUGCUGAUGCAGGAGCUGCAGGAGCUGCGAGACGCACAGGCGCGCCUGGAGGAGACGCUGGAGAGUGUGAGGAGCGGAUACGUGAAGGAGUGCAGGCUGGUGAUGCAGGCGCUGCAGGAGGAGAGGUUCAGGUGUGAGCGCUUAGAGGAACAAGUGAACGAUCUGACGGAGCUCCAUCAGAACGAGAUCCUGAACCUGAAACAAGAGCUGGCCAGCAUGGAGGAGAAGAUCGCGUACCAGUCCAACGAGAGGGCCCGAGACCUGCAGGAGGCUCUGGAGGCGUGCCAGACGCGGGUCUCUAAGAUGGAGCUGCAGCAGCAGCAGCAGCAGGUGGUUCAGCUGGAGGGUCUGGAGAACGCCACGGCUCGUACCCUCAUCGGAAAGCUCAUCAACGUGCUGCUGGCCCUCAUGGCCGUGCUGCUGGUCUUCGUCUCCACCGUGGCCAACUGCGUGGUGCCUCUGAUGAAGACACGCAGCCGCUCCGUCUCCUCGCUGCUGGUCUUCCUCCUGCUGGCCGUGCUCUGGAGGAACUGGGACGCUUUCUCAGGACACACCUCCCGCCUCCUGCACGCACCCCGAUGAGAACGCCCGGGAGAACCGCUGCUUUCAGACACACGUGUUGCACAGUGUUUCCAAUGCCUUGGGCGCAUUGCUCUUGAGUGAGGUUAAUAUUAAUAGCAUUUGUACAGCGGGUAAAAUAAGCUUUGAACACAUCGCCAUUUCACUUGGUUAAUAUACUUCUAAAGGUGCUAUUGAAUUGAAAUUUUCACCAGUUGUUGGUAGCAACCCAAAUAAUCCAUACGUACAAAAAAAACAAGUAAGUUCAGAAAUUAGGUUGUGUGUAACAAAAUGGAAUAACACAGAGAAAAAGUAUUGAACACAUUGAGAAGCAAAGAGACAUGUAAAGCCAAGACACCAGCAGAAAUUAAUAUUAACCUCUUCAGCCCCAGCACCUACAGUACCAGGAUGAAGAAGAUGAAACACAGCCGAGGAAACUCUGGAGAGGUUUCAGAGAAACGACCAGCCAAUCAUCCGAAUCCAAUAGAAAAUCUAAAGGUCAGAGUUCAUACUCCAGAGACUUACAGAACCUUCUAGAUUCAAAGAAAGGGCUAAAAUCACACCUGAGCAAGUCUUGAAGAGCUCAUCACCAACAAAGCCUUUUGUACAAAGUAUGAAAUACUUUUCAGGAGUUCAGUGCUUUUUUCUUUAGUAAUUCGAUUACACUGAAUUUAUUUCUCAACUUUUCGAUUAUUUGGGCUGACCUCUGGAGAGAAUGUUAUUAGAACUGCACCUAAAAUGUUAAUGUGUUCUAUACUUAUUUGACUGCAUUUCUAACGUGAUUUUAGAUGAAUGUAGCAUUCUGCGUUAGCUCACGCAAAAUGAACAUUCUGUCAUCAUGUCCUCGGUGUUGUGAGAAAACACUCGUGUGCUGGUGUUUCUUCUGAUCAACACAAAGGGAGACUCUCCAGCUCUUUGCGCGCAACGAUGGUGACUCAGAAUGAUGAUGAACAUUUGAAUGAACAAAAACUGUGAAACGUUAGCACAUGGAAAAGAGCUGUGUAAUAGAUAAUGUAUGGAUGAAGUGGUCCUUCUGAAGGAGGACUCAAGUCUCCCGCGAUGGACACAGCAGAGAUCAUCCUUACUCUGCUUUCGUUACUCUUACUUUCAGGAAGUCGAAGGAUUUUGUUUACUAGCAUUAUCUGAUGUGUGAAACACUGUAUUUUAAAUGAAGUAUUAAUUUAUUGAAUAUUGCACCGCCUUACAGGACCUGUGACAGACAGCAGAGAAACACACUGCUACUGCUUAUUCAUAAUGUUUAGGAUAUCAAAAUGCAGUAUUUCUGAUGAUUUGAUGAUACUAUGGUUAGUUUAUCUACUGUGGUGGAUCAGGACUGUUGUUUUAAAUUUAGCCUGCUGUGUGUGUGUGUGUGUUUGAUCAUGACUGAAGUUGACCAGAUCUACUCACCUCUCGAUUCUGAAGAAUUAUCACUCGUCUAACUGUACAGUAAUGUUUAAAUAGUUCUCAGUCAUUUAAUGAUCCUCAGGGGAAAGACCUCUGCUGAAGCCUUGUUACACUGCCUGUGUGUGUGUGUGUGUGUGAGAGAGAGAGAGAGAGAGAUUUUAAACCAUUCUAGUGCCUUCAAAUCUCUUGAUAACUUUUGUAAUAAAGAUCAUUUCUGACUAGA